AAUAGUACUCACUUUUAAAACUUCACUGCGUUCCUUACCUUCCGUAGUAAAUAAAAGGGAUAAAUUCCACGUUUGAUCACUAGGUCUACUAAAAAGUGCCAUGUUUAAUCACUAGAAAUAUUUAAUAACAAUUUUGAUCACUCGAAUUAUUCAAGCAGUCCAUGUUUGGUCACUCGAAUUAUUCAAACCGUUUAUGUCUGGUCACUCGCAGUUACCUUCCGUUAACAACGUUAGUUUUUUCUGACGUGGCAAACAUAAAAGUCUAGUCACCCACAUUUAACCCGAAAAACUAAAAACCUGACUCGCCACGUCAUAAAAUUCAACCCAUCCUAUGACCCAAACCCAAACCCUACGACCUGCCAUAAACAAUCCAUCCUCGCUCCUCUUCCUCAUGCUCCGCUGUCGGCUCCUCCAACUAGGGUGGACAUUCGGUCGGUUUGGUUUCGACCGAAUCAAAAUUAUGCAUACCGGGUCCCCGAAUUCCACCAAACCUCAAACCGAAUUAUAUUUCGGUUUGGUCGGUCUAAAUCAAAUUAUAACCACUCCUUGCAUGCAUGUCGUGUAACCUAGCUUAACUAGCUCGUUAACUUUGUUUCGUUCGACCAAGUGAAGGGUACGUAGUAGUGUUGCCGUUUUGGGACCUGGGCCAAGCUAGCUUGCCCAAAACAUUAACCUUUGGAGGGUUAUUAAUGAAUAAGCCAAAAAAGCCUUUCCAUAAUGGACUCGAGCCACUUGAGAAAUUGGGGUGGCAGCUUUCUAGUCCAGCCCAAUGGUUGAGAGCCCAUGCAAUGAAUAAUGGAUCACGAGGCCGGGUCAGCCCAAAUCCCCACCCAGUUGACAAGUCACCGGAAUAGCCGGUAAUAAAGAGAGAAGCGUUAGAUGCUCCUUUCUCUGCAACCUCCACGUGCCCUAUCUUAUCCAUUCAUCCCGUUACCCUUUCCCUUUUCUCUUUCCCCCUUUUCCUUCCUUCAAAUACCGCCCGCCCCACCUCCUUCCCUUUCCAACUGUCAUAACAACAAAAAAAACCUCCCCACACGCCAUUGUCGCCCAAAAAAAACCUUCCCUCCUAAUCUCCGACCUCCAGAAUCUCGAAAACUCCAAACCAACCAACAAAAAAUGGCCAGCAAUCUCCUCCCCCUCCGCCCCGCCGUCGUCUACGCCUCAUCCAACCCGGACCUCAACAACCGCCGGAGGCAGCUUCCCCCAUCCUCCUCCUCCUCCGCCUCGCCGAAAUGGUGGUCCCCGCUCUUCGGCUGGUCCUCCGAGCCGGACUACGUCGGGACGACGCCAGCGAGUCAGCCGGCGGCCGAUCAGGACGAGAAUCGGCCGGAUCUGGAGGCGAAGCAGGCCAGAUCUCGUUUCUCCCCGGGCUGCUUCACCGCCGAGAAGGCGAAGCAGCUCCGGAUGCUGACCUCGGGGACGUCGUCGCACCACGACGCGAUGUACCACUCCGCCAUCGCCUCCCGCCUCGCCUCCGACUUCAACAACAAGAACACCAACAGCUCCUCCUCCUAGCCUCCGCCUCGCUCGCUGUUCGAUUUCCCCCCUCUCACGCUUUGUCCCUCUCGUGUAAUGUAAUAUCGAUCGUUUCCUAGAUCCGUCUUUUUUUUGCCCCUUAGAUUUGUAAAAUAGUGUUUUUCGAUUUUGCGCUGUGUCAUUGGCCGUCUCCGUUGUCGGCCAGUCAGUCCGUCUCUCCGUCCAUGAAUUUUAGCUUGGAGGCAGAAAAGAGCGUGGGAUGAUUCCGGUGACUUUUAGGGAUCAAUGUUUGUUCAAUUAGUUCCUUGUUGUAACAGAAGAAUUAACUAGCUUUAUCCUGUUAAGUAGUGGUUGAAAAAAACAAGAUUAGUGUCAGUAAUCAUGUUUAUGCUUUGCAAUCGUUUCCCGGCGAUAUAUGCCGCGGGUUCCGCCAUUGAAACGGUUGGGGGUUGGAGCUCUGCAUGUAGCUGGAUCGAAAAAAUUCAGCGUUUUUUAUUAGCUUACUCGUGGAUUUAUAUCUUAAGCAAAUGCUAAAUGCAUAUAUAAUGCAUAAUAAUAAAAAUAAUUAAGCCGCCCGAGGUAAUUGGAUUGAUGGAUUCUGGUAUUUUGCCUAAGAAUAUGCUUCUUUUUUUUUAUCAUUUUUUUUUUAAAUCGAAAUCAGAUUAAUAAACAACAAUUUUUUUC